AACAAAAAUUCCCAAGAAGUUCACUACAUCAUAUAUGGACAUCCAUUGUUACUUCUCCACACGUAUUCACACCAUUUGCUUCUCACCCACCAUAACUGUUUCUAAUGGCUACCUCCUUCAAACCUUUACCCAGAAAAGUUUCAAUCUUCCUCAACAUAUCAUUCCUCUUGACCCUUUCUCUGUUUCUGAAAUCCUAUCUCUACCCUUCCUAUUUUAACCUUCAUCAUGCAUCAUACAAUGCUCCGGCCUCUUCUUCCAUCUUCAAUCGCCAAGCUCGGAUCCUCCAAGACAUCACACCUGAUGCUUGCACAGGUCUUCAUGAGCUCUCAGACUAUAGCUCAAAGUGCUUGUACGUCAAAACCCAUUCUGAGUGUAGGUCAAAAGGCUACAUAAACUAUCUUCAUAUCUUUUACUGCAACCUUGGUCAGUCACCAUUUAUGGGCUAUUUUUUGCUUAUAUUAUGGCUUGUGGUGUUGUUCUACCUCUUGGGUGACACUGCUUCUAAUUACUUCUGCUACUCAUUGGAGAGUUUGACCAGCAUCUUGAAGUUGUCUCCCACCAUAGCAGGAGUCACUUUGCUUUCUUUGGGAAAUGGAGCUCCUGAUUUUUUUGCCAGUGUUGUUUCCUUCACAAGAUCUAGCAAUGGUGCAGUUGGGCUUAACAGCAUUCUUGGAGGGGCUUUUUUUGUCUCCAGUGCUGUCUUGGGGAUUAUAAGCAUUUUGGUUAGCACAAAGCAGAUUGCAGUUGACAAAGCCAGUUUCGUCAGAGAUGUUCUGUUCUUCCUUUUCUCUUUGCUUGUCCUCCUUGUCAUCAUUUCCAUUGGUAAAAUUACUUUGUUGGGUUCAAUCUGCUUUGUCUCCAUCUACUUCCUCUAUGUCUGUGCAGUCUCUGCCACACAUUUUAUCUAUGGAGGGGAGAAGAAAGAGAGCGAAUGUUUUGCUGUAUCUGCAGAUGAUCUUGCAGAGUCUGGCAUACCAUUGCUGGGCUGUGUUGAUGAUGAGAAACCAUAUUUAGCAGAGAAAGCAGCUCCUGAAGAUAACACAGAAAAGCCAGAGUGUUUUGACAGAACCUCUUUCAACUGUGAUUAUUAUCUGGGCAAGUUCUUACAAGUGCUAGAAUUACCCCUCAGCUUACCAAGAAAACUUACCAUACCAGUAGUACAUGAGGAGAGAUGGUCAAAGCCAUAUGCAGUUAUAUCUGUCACAUUAGCACCAGUUCUUAUAGCUGUUAUCUGUAACACCCAGAAGGAAAAUGAGGAUUCUAGGACAAGUUUGGUGACAUACCUAAUAGCUGCCCUGAUUGGGGUGUUUUUAGGAAACAUGGCUUGUGUAACCACUAACAACACUAGCCCACCAACAACUUGCCUAUUUCCUUGGCUUGCAGGAGGAUUUGCCAUGAGUGUGACAUGGACAUACGUUAUUGCUGAGGAGUUAGUUUCCCUAUUGGUUUCAAUUGGGAAUAUCAUUGGGGUUAGUCCUUCAAUUCUUGGGUUAACAGUCCUAGCUUGGGGCAACUCUCUUGGGGAUUUGAUAGCCAAUGGUGCUUUGGCGGUCAAUGGUGGGGCAGAUGGGGCCCAGAUAGCUAUAUCUGGGUGUUAUGCAGGACCCAUGUUUAACACUUUAUUGGGUUUGGGCUUUCCUCUGGUUCUCUCAGCUUGGUCUGAAUAUCCAGACCCGUAUGUUAUUCCAAAGGACCGUUCUCUGUAUGAGACUCUCAUGUUCUUGAUGGGAGGACUGUUGUGGGCCCUCGUGGUGUUGCCAAAGAGAAGCAUGAAGCUGGAUAAGUGCUUGGGAUCUGGACUCUUGAUCAUAUACCUCUGCUUUCUUUUCAUAAGGAUAGCAAUGGCUAUUGGUAUUGUGAAAUUCUAGUGAUGCCCCUUCUUCAAAGAGAAAACACUUCACAUCCUGAGGGUAUCCAUGUGUGUUUCACAAUCAAUAGGGGUACACUUGUAAAUUUGAUCCCCUUUUUUUCCACUUCGUUAUUAGCACUAGUUACUUGAUGGGGCACUAGGCUUGGAAAUGCCAUAAGUAGUAUCACGUACACUCACAAGUAUAAUAAUGUAUUCAACCAGUCGACUCUAGCAGAACAGAACAAACCAUGCAUACAAGAAAACAUGUUCAUUUUUAUGUGAAAAUCAGCCUCUAAUGUUUAA